AGUUAAUUGGAUUGAAGGAAGAAUUUUUCGGUGAAGAUGGGGAAGAAGAAGAAGGGAGGAAAUAAAUUGGCGCGAAUGUCGGAAGAGGAACGAGCACGAUAUUUGCAGCACAGGGCGGAUAUGGAGGAAGAAGCCAGAAGGAGGAAGGAAACACUCAUAGCUCUGUAUAUGAAAAAUAAGCUAAAGCGCGAGGAUGCCUUCACGAGACUCAACAUGGCGAAAAUCAACCAAGAGUGGCGGAGUAUUCUGCGUCAGCUCAAGUGUGAAGAGCUCAAGGAGGAAAUCAAGUGCGUGGAGGUCUUCUGUGGAGAAUCCAUUGAGCACAAGAAUCAAGUCAUUAGGCGCCUUCUGUGCGAUUUAGAUGAAUCAGAAGAGCUCUACGCUACCAUGCUACACGCUCAUGUGGAGAAUAUUGAGAGAAUAAUAACACUGCACUCUGAACGUCUCAAGUUUUGGCAUGAGUGGUACGUGACAGAGAAGCAAUCGAUGCUGGGGCGUUUUCAUGGGCAAAUGGCACGGUAUCGUGUACGCAAGGAUGCUGCCCAGGAAGAUCUUGAGUGCAUUUGCUUUGCUUUAGAAACGGAGAUUACACAGGAUGAGCAAACAGCCGAAGAGGAGCACACAAAGCGCACCGAUGACCUCCGGAAUUCCAUGACAAUUCGUCUCGAGGAAGUCACAAAAGAUUGUGAGCAAUCAAUGGAGCUCCUCUGGACGGAUUUUCAGCAAGUACUCAACACUUACCUCACCUACACCCAGGAAUUCCACGAUGAAUAUCUGGAUUUGAAGCGUCGCGAUGAGGAGGAUACAAAACUCAUUCAAGCUCACUACUUUGAAGUGGCGAGAAAUACAGAAAACAUCGCUGAACUACGAUACCAACUCACGGCUACUCGAGAGGAAAAGGACUUUACAGUGGCUCAGCUGGAGAGAUUCAAAAGUAGACUCCUUGAGCGAUAUGACCAAUCAAAGGGAGCUCUCGUCGUGGGGGCAAAGGAGGACAAGGAGAGAAUUCGUCGACUUGUGGUCAGUAGCUCCAGUGCUAUACGGCAGCUUCAGGGUGUCGUGAAGAGAGGCAACGUCAUCCUGCAGUUGGUGUCAAUUUGCAGGAAGUUGGAGACAGAGCGGGAAAAAGUGAUACCAUUCAACAAUGAAGCUGUGAAGAAGUGGUCGGAAAUUGAGGACUCCCAAAAGGAUGAUUUUAAGAAUGCAACAUUCAAGCUGUUUUCGAGGAUGGAGAGCUUUUGGAUUCGCUUCAAUAGAGCUCGCUUGGACUGUGCAUAUCUGCAGGAGGAGAGGUCCGCCCUUCAACAGGGUAAUCGCGUGCUGAGACAACAAUUGCGGGAGUAUUUGGUGGCGGUUACCAUGAAGUCUACACGAUGCGGUGAUGCACACCUCUUGGGGCGUCGUCCACGCAGUAUGAAGGUGGAGAAAGUGGUACAUAUUGAAUUGCCGAAGAGGAAAGUGCACCCAAAGCUUCGGCGCCCCGUGACGUGCAUCGAGGGCAAUCUCAGCGUUGCUGUGCGAAGUGAACGAUUGGUACAGAGCAAAUUUCGCCAACCACAAAUAUUUCCCGUGGUAAACGGACCGUGAGGUGGUGCAAACACACCCCGGGGGGUAGUCUGGGGUUGACAAUAAAGGCUGCUUAAUUGCAGCGUAGCAAAAGCACAUCAGCUCUCUCGCUUUGUGAGCUUUUUGGCUUUCACGAAAGGAAUGCGCUCCAUGCAUGCUAGUCACGAUGUCAUUUAUUGACAAUCAACG